AUGGAGGAAAUGCUCGACGAUUUAUUCCACUCAGGCCCGAGUCCCAGCCUCCGGGGAGCUCUGAAGGCGUCACAAUCGACAUACAGAAGGUCAGAGAGGAAAAAUGACUUCACCGUGGUCGCCUCCAACAAACCUUCGAUACCCAAUGCCAUGGCCGUGGACUCGGACGGUUCGGACUUUACCUACUUUUCUGUUCUAAAAUUCGGAUCUUCGAGACAGGAGAUGUACAUGUUGAUCGACAGUGGUUCAGCAAACACCUGGGUUAUGGGUUCGGAUUGCGACUCUAGCGCUUGCAAGAUUCAUAACACCUUUGGCAGUCAAGACUCAACAUCCUUGCAUAAGACUUCUCAAACCUGGAGCCUCGCUUAUGGUACAGGCGAAGUAACAGGGGUGGUAGCAAACGAUACCGUCAGCUUUGCCAAUUAUACUCUCCACAUGGGUUUCGGGCUGGCUUCAACUGCGUCGGACGACUUCAACAGUUACCCUAUGGAUGGUAUCCUGGGCCUUGGCCGUCCCAGCUCGGACGCUUUGGGCACCCCUACUCUUAUGGAAGUGCUAGAUCAGCAGGGAAAUCUUUCAAACAACAUAAUCGGCGUUCACCUCCAGCGGGCUUCAGACGGCACAAAGGAUGGACAGAUUACAUUCGGAGGCGUCGACCAUUCAAAGUUCAGUGGCAAGCUAGGCUACACCAAAGUAACAAACGACGCCUCUUGGGAGAUUCCUGCAGACGACGCUGGAGUCGAUAGCAAGGCUGUUGGCUUCACAGGUAAGAGUGCCAUUCUCGACACCGGGACCUCGUACAUAUUGAUGCCGCCAUCGGAUGCUCAGAAAUUGCACUCUUUGAUUCCUGGCACUACUCAAAACGGCGAAAUCUUUGUCGUACCAUGUUCCAGCAACGCCAAUCUUUAUUUCACAUUUUCCGGUGUUCGUUACACUGUUUCCCCGAAGGACUAUGUGGGACAGAAUCUUGGGAAUGGUUGUCAAAGUAAAGUCAUCGGCCACCAGGCGUUUGGUCCUGACGAAUGGAUUCUGGGGGCGGUGUUUCUCAAGAACGUCUACACGGUCUUCGACUUUGAUAACAACCAGAUUGGACUGGGUAUUCAGUCAACUAUCGAAUCCAACUCUACUGGUAAUACGAUAUCCACGACAUCCACGACAUCCUCGUCAUCAACAAACACAGCAUCGUCGUCACACACAUUUUCUGCAAAGUCAUCAAAGACUACGGCAGAGUCAUCCAGCACGAGCGGCUCCUCAUCGUCGCCUGCAGCUUCAGCAACAUCAUCUGGUCCAGGCGACAGCAGUCCUUUUGGAAGUUCAGACCUUGCAGCUUCUUCAGCGUCGCGAACAGGCCUGAGCAUUUUGUCAAACGCCCUUCUUGCAUUGAUUAUUGGAUGGAUAUUGUAG